UCUAAUUGGCUCUUUCGGGCCGAGCCCGGAUUCCGCACGACGAUGCGAGGCAGGCGAGGGAUCGGGCUAAAACGUCGCGCGUUUUUCUGCAGCGAGCUGCGACGACAUCUGAGCGGGUUGCGUUUUGCCGAAACACGAGACGAGGCGAUAUCACCUCAUCCGCUUCAUCCUUUCUGGCUUGGAACGAACAAAGGGAGGCAGAGAGAAGCGCUUGCGCAGCUCCUGAUCUCACGCCACUUCGCAUCUCGAUUCUCCGUUCAGCUGAAGCAGCUCCGCCGACGAUGAUUGAGUCGGCCAUGGCGGUCCGGUUCGCCUCCAGUUCGAGCUUUUGCUCCUCCUCCGCCAUAACUUGUCACCGUUCAUUCUGGAACGCGGAUGAGUGUCCUGGCGUCCACGUGAGCUCUCGCCGGAUUUCGCAUUCUGGCAGCUUCGACAUACCGUGUUACCAGAGAUUCAACGGUGGUUCUCUCAUAAAAAAGAAGAAUGUUGUGAGGAACAAAGUUAGAGCUACUGCAGAGCAUUUAGGCUCCGCUUCUGAGCCGGCGAAGUGCAAUGGAAGUGCCGGAUAUCAUCCGUUUGAGGAUGUCGCUGAAUUAGCAUCUGGUGGGGAUGCGACACUUACUGCCGCGGAAACCAGUCGGACGAUUGUCGAGGUUAACACCAAAGCAACCCUGUUGUUUUCUGGUAUGAUUGAUGAUGAAAUCCACGAGAACAUUCUUUGGUCAGAGUUGCCAUAUGUGACUGAUGAACAGGGAAAUAUUUACUUUCAGGUAAACAAUGAUGAGGAUAUUAUUCAAACACUAGCAUCAGAGGGUAAUGUUGUGCAAGUGAUAAUAGGCCUGGAUACCACAGACAUGCUCAAUGGGAUGGAGGUAUCAAGUCCAGCAGAUAUUGAGUUUGGGAUCGAGGAGAUUGGGGAGGAUGAUAGUGAUUUUGAAGAUGAUGAGGAUGAGGAUGAGGAUGAGGAUGGUGAAGAUGAUGAUUAUGGAGAGGACUGGGUUUCUGUCCUUGACGAUGAGGAUGAUGAGGACCAAUCUGAUGGAGAUCCAGGAGAUUGGGCACAGUUGGAGACGAUGAGAUCUUCUCACCCCAUGUACUUUGCCAAAAAGUUGGCUGAGGUUGCUUCAGAUGACCCCGUUAAUUGGAUGGAACGGCCUCCUGUUGGCAUUGUCAUACAGGGCCUUUUAAGCCCUGCACUUCUCGAGAAACACUCCACCAAUCAGAGGCACCUAUCUAGUCACCAUUCUGGUGCCGAAAUAAAUCACACUGGGAGUAUCCUUGAAGACAAACAAGUAGAUUCUAGUACCACUGAUGCCGAUAGACAAGAACAUUCACUUGAAGAUGGCCCCAGUAGGGCAGAGGAACUGAGCAAGAAUGGAAGCCCCAGGAGUGAGAAGUCACUUUACAAGCUCGAGAUGAUUAAUAUUCAGCUGCUUUCAGUACAUGGUCACCCGCACACUGUUGAAGUAGAAGAUUUCAGGAAAGCACAGCCCGAUGCUAUUGCUCACUCAGCUGCCAAGAUUAUCUCCCGAUUGAAAGUUGGCGAAGAGAAGACUAUUCAAGCCCUCAAGUCCCUCUGCUGGAGAUGCAAGGGAAUUCAAGUGGAGGAGGCUAUGAUAAUUGGUGUUGAUGCUCUUGGCUUUGAUGCAAGAGUCUGUUCAGGAACACAACUUCAAACAUUGCGGUUUGCAUUUCACGCAAGGGCCACUUCAGAGCAAAGUGCAGAGAGACAGCUUAGUAAUCUACUAUUCCCAAGGGCCCAGCACAAGCCACAUAAUAAGAAGAAGGCUCAUUAAAAAGGAAACGGGACGUUUUAGGUUUCAACACUAGUGCGGAGUUGUUUGUUGUA